AUGGCUGCAAACGGGAACAGCUCCAGCGCUAUACGGAGGAAGCUUGUCAUUGUGGGAGACGGUGCUGCAGGAAAGACCUCGCUCCUCAACGUCUUUGCAGUCGGCCAUUUCCCAGAGAGCUAUGAACCCACAGUCUUUGACAAUUACGUGACAGAAAUCGAGCUGGACGGUAAGCCGGUGCAGCUGGCUCUAUGGGAUACUGCGGGCCAAGAAGAAUACGAACGUCUGCGCCCACUUUCAUAUUCCAAAGCCCAUGUGAUUCUCAUAGCCUUUUCUGUCGAUACCCCCGAUUCCCUGGAGAAUGUUACUCAGAAGUGGAUAGAAGAAGUACGGUCGAUCUGUGGAAAAGCUAUCCCCGUCAUCUUGGUUGCUUGCAAGACAGAUCUCAGAGAGAAGGCUAUCGCCGAUGGGACCUACACUCCUCAGAGAUUUACCGAUCGCCAGACUGGCCAAAAGAUAGCAGACUCGAUAAACGCCCGCGCCUACAUCGAAACCUCUGCUCUCCUCAACCAAAAUGUCGACGACGUAUUCGAAGCCGCUACCCGCGCGGCUGUGCUCGUGCGCGACCAGGGGCACGGGGGUGUGGGGGCGAGCUACGACCGGUCUGGGAAUGGUACUGGGGACGGGAGCGGGGGCAAGAGCAAGAGGGAGAAGGGGGAGAAGGAGAGCAUGUGUGGGUGUUGUGUGAUUGCUUGA